GAACAGAAUGUGGCCAUUGAUUAUCUCUUCAGAGAAGAGAAUGAUAUUAAAUUAAAUGCACUUAUUUCAAUAAUAUGGAUCCAUGUAUUCAAGUUGAUUGGGGAUCAUAUAGUGCAAAAUGCUGAUGAAAUCACUUUCAAUUUGGGACGUCAGCAUUUUACUGAUGCUGUUGCAGAGCUUUAUGAAUUUUACAUUGGUACCAACUUUUCAAACUAUGUUAAUGCUAUCUUUGCUUGUGAUCAACCAACAGCAGCUCAGAGGGCAGUCAUAAUUCAGUUGAGUAACCAGGUUUUUGAAGAAUUUCUUGAGUAUGGUAAAACAACUUGACGAAAGAUCAGAGGUCGCCUUUAAGGAUGAUAUGAGUGGUGAGGGAUGAUCCAAAGUUUGGUAUGUUGGUGGGUGGGUGAUUUUCAAGAUCAUGAACAACUAUAGACAGUACAUAAAAGCAAACAUGUUCUCAUUAAAUCCAGCCACUUUGUCAACUGUUUGUACUAAGCAAGAAUGUUGUGACUUGUUAGAAGAAAAUGUUAUCACUCCAUUUGCAAAGUUAGAACAAAGUUCACUGUAUGCCGAGACACUGCAGAUCACUGAAGGUCGACAAUACAGGGAAAGAGGCCUACUCCACAUCACAGACAACACAUACCACUUCUUCAUGAUACUGGAACAGAAAAGAGUAGAACUAUUAAAUAUUAACAGAUUACAUCAAGAAAAUAAAGAAAUGGUUUCAAAGGCAAUUGCUGUUAUUGAUAAAGACACUUCUAUUCGGAGAUGUUGGCUAAAUUGUUUUUCUCAUACCUGUGUUGAAAAUCAGUUGGUAAGUUAAGUUUAAUUUUUAGCAAUUAUAUUUACAUUCAUACUCAACAAUUUUUUUUAAGCUGCAUAGCUUCCUCAUUGACAAGUACAAUCGUCUGGUGUUAGACAAGUAAAAAGGGCGCACUUGGAUGCAUUGCAGCCCCCAGGGGUGUAUCCAGCUAAAAAUCUGACUGUAGCAUAAUCCCAAAAUGAGGAGGCACCACGUAAUCUGGGGGGGGGGGGGUCGAGGGGCAUGCCCCCUGGAAAAUGUUUGAAAUUUGAACCCCAGAAACACCAUUUCCUGCAUUCUGAGCAUCAAAUUCUGUUAUAACUGAGUUGACCUUAAUAAGGCUAUAUUUUAGACAAAAAGUUACAAAAACACGUAAAGACAGUAAACAACAUACCAAAUCAUACCAGAUCUACAUUCUUAAUUACUGUAUGCAAAGUUUAAGACCAGCCUUCCUCCCCAUAUUAAUAUGUAAUUUAAUAUCAUACCGCAUAUGUGUAACAUUUAUAAACACAUUUACAAUCAAUGCAUAAAAUCAAUGGGCAGAAUGAUAUAUAACGCAAACAGACACAUUUAUAUACUGAAAGAAACCUUCGGAUUAACAGAGAUUCAACCACUUAAAUAUACAAGCCAAAUUUCGAGGUUUUGCUUGUAUUUUUGAGUUACGGUUUGCUUGUAUAUUUCAGUAUUCGUUUCAGUAAUUCAGUAUGAAACAUACCCAGCUAUCUCUCAAUCCUAAGCUUUGUGUUGUUAUAUAAUACCAGUGUGGAAAGUUUGUAUCGCGCGGCGGAAAUAUCGGACGCGCAAUUUUUAUGCUUUCUAUAUAUUUACUAUUAAAUUUUCGAAAUCUCCGGUGCGCAAUUUCCAAACACUGGCACGGAGCGUUUGAGAUUACAUUUAUAUUCUGUUUAUUAAUAUAUUCUAAUAUUCAUAAGCUUACCUGACCCGAAUGUGGUUGAACGAGCGCGCUUUCACUGUUUUGAAUUGUAAUUUCGAAAAAUCACACACAAAUACCUUGCGAUCUUUCAGGCAAUCGGCCUUAACUUUGCUCCCAAUGGCAUCUUCACAUAGCGCUUUAGUCUACUUAGUUUUUGUUCGAAAGAAAUUGGCUCAGUAAAAGCGCAAACAAAUAUAGCCAAAUAGCAUCGCUCUAAUGUUCCUAUCGAAUUGUGCAACCGUAGCUGACUGUAGUGCAUUGCAGCACUUUGAUUGGUUUGCUUCAUCUGACUGUAGCAAAAAUGCUAAAUUUAGUAACUCGUCCCCCCGCUGACUGUAGCAUUUUGACGUAAGACCCCCAGUUGACUGUAGCAUUUCUGAACGCUUUUUGAACGAUGUUUAAAAAAUUUAGGUGAUUUCCCCUAAAAGCGGGCGUUGUUUCAGGUAAAAUUCAGGUUAAGAUAAGCGCAUAAAAACGUAACUUAAUAUUCGUAGCUCACAAAAAACGAACGGACAUCUGGUCGAAGCUGCGGAAGUUAAAUUUUUUGAGAUAGAGAAACUGGAAAAAUUCUAUAAGGAUUUUUUACUAUCACCACAUUCAGUAUUAAAAAUAUUUUUGCACAAAAAUCUGACUGUAGCAUUUGCUACAGUCUGGAUCCGCCCCUGACUAGAGACAUUGUCAGAUUUUUUUUGGUUAACCCAUCAAUGCAGAGCUUUCCCAUUGACAAGUAAAAUCGUCUGGAUUAGACAAGUUAAAAAGGUAGGGGCCAUUGUGGCUCAAUGCAUAGCAGGAAAUAAUGUAUCUAGGAUCCCUGAAAAAUUUUAUACAUGGUUUAAGACCUUGCAUAAUGAUAAUAGGCACAGAAAAUAAUUUAUCAGGAUGAAUAUUGUUGAGAUUGGCAAAAAACCUUGACCCCAAAAUUUGGAUACCAGAAACAAAUAUAUUAUUUCCUGCUAUGGCUCAAUGGGUUAAGGUUUAGUACUGAAUUCAGUUGUCUGUUGUAUAUAAUAAACACAUAUAAUAAAUUUAGAUAUGUUAUUUUUUACAGAAUCGUAUAGAAAUGAUGCUGAAGAGAAUACUUUUCCACUAUGUGAACAUGGGAACCAACCAGUUCUCGAGGGAUUUCAGACUUGCAUACAAAGUUAAGAAGACUGCAGAAUUGCACAAGAAAGUGCAACAAAAAAGGAAAAACAACAUGAAAAAGCUGAAAGUGUGUCAUUUUUGGUAAGAUAUUUAAAUUGUGCCAAUGUGUUAUUUAAUGUGAUUUCCAUACCCAUGUUCCAGACUAUUUAUGCAAUCUUACUUUUCAAGAGACAAAUAUAUAGAAAAAUACAUCUGCCAUUAGGUUCAUGCACGUUUAUUAUGCAGUCUACACAAUGAUACAAUGCACCUUUUUUUAAUACAAGUGGCCAUUUACAAAAUAUGUUAUGCUGUUUUGCCAAUUUUUUAUUUGCUCAAUUUCAAUGCCUUAACCUCAGCCUAAGUAGUUUCCAACUCAAUGUUCUUUCCACUCAGGCAAUAUAUUUGAUAGAAAAUAUUGAUUUGCAUUCUAAGGGCCACAUAUUUGCAAGCAUGCACUGUCUUGUUUUGUUAGAUACAUGGAUAAAUUUUCCCAUAUAAUAAUUGUGAAACCCCCCUCUUGUGACACUAUGUGUCAUAUGUGACUCCUGAUCAAACAUAUCUACCCCCACAAGUGUUACAGUACAUACAGUGUAUUUUGUGAAUGGCCCCCAAUUGCCCUGUCUGACAUUAGACAAUAUUUAAUCAUCAAGGGAAGAAAGUAGAGGAUUGGGAAUCUUCUUAAUAGAAUAUUUUUUAUAGGAUAUUCUUAAAGACCGAAGUGACAAGAAACAGGAUCAAAUGGACGUCUUAUUGCAUUUGUCAACAAGUACCAUGAUGCAGGAUUGUGUCGCAUUUACAAAAAAGGCCAAUUGGUUCAGUUAUGUAAAGGGUAUUGGGUUGACAGAUUCUCUCAACGCAACAAGAAAGUGCUAUCAAAGAAAUUAAUGAAUGCCAUUUGCUCAAACACUAGUGUAUUUGACAUCCUACUAAUAGACAACCUACAGUAUGCUGUGGCAGAGAAUAUUUCGGGGCAUAUUCAUAUUCGAAUCCGUGUAACAGGUAAAGUACAAAUAAUAUUAAUAAAACAAUAUAUUAAUUUCAUAUGGUUCAUUAGAUCAAAAACAGUUGACCCUAAAACAUGUACUAAUAGCCAACUACUGGUAAUUAUUAACUUUGCAAACAUUAAUUAAGUUUGCAUAUAAUUUUUCCCAAAAAUUUAUUGAUCAACAUUUUCUGACUCCAAUGUACCAUGUGUGUAAUACAAUAACCUUUAUGGUACCGUUACCUUUUGAAGCUUUCCCGGCAUUGCUUUUUCUACUUAUAAAUGUCUGUCGAAUCCUUAUUGAGUUUUGCGUCGACUGUUGCUGCAGAUAGGUUGGGUUGUUGUUUUGCCCAUUGCAUGAUCUUACUUAUCCAAAAUAGUUCUCCACACAGUCUUGGUUUAUUAUGGCUGGUUUCAAAACAGACUGUGGGAACUGGCUUAACUUGAUCGACACCAGUGAGUUCAUACCAAUACACAUUGACUGCAGGUCAAACCAAAGUUUGCUAGACACAAAUAGGUUUGGUCUUCCGCCAGUUUGAUUGGCCCAACUCUGCAUCAGUGCAAGGAACUUUUGCAAUUGCUUCAACCUCCUGUCUUGAACUAAUGUAAUGUAGAGUUUCUCAUUGAACAAGCUAACCAGUUCUCUUGUUUGUUCAAGCAAGGUAAUGGUGGAGCUGAGGCUGGACCCAUUGUUGCAUGUCACUUGCAGGUGUUCUUGAUAAGACUAUAUUAAUGCAACAGAAUAAAAAAAUUACUAUAGAACAAGCAAUGUGCCUAUAAGUUAGUUAUAAAUCAAAAUAUCACCAUGACUAUGACUAUGGCUAAAGUUAGUUACAAAUCAAAAUUUCACUAUGCUUUUAUGGCUAUGCGUUUACAUCACAUGUGUACCUAGCCUGCACACUACUGUACGUGAGCAUUCACAUACAUGCGUUUUAAUAAUAAUAUGAAUAUGAUUUUUCCCUUGCAAACAAUAUUUUUUUCAAUUUAAUAUGUUUGUUUAUAAUUUCGUAACCAAUCUUUCUAUACAUUUCAAUGUCGAAAACAUUUGCAAAAGUAUGAGCACCUGCUUACAUAUUUUUUAACAUGGGUCAGUCAUGUCGCCAUGUGAUGAGAACUUUCAUUUUAGGCAGACUUUUAGUAGCACCUUUAUUUGGCCAUGGAGUAUCAAGGCCUAUUUACACUACGCUUGAAUUUUGUCAUGGCACGGAAAGUAGUAUAAUGCUUGAAAAUUUAAUUCAACGACAAUCGACAUUUUUAGAACAGUACAUGUGUCAAAUGAAGAAGUGAUAGAGAAACCAUAAUUUACUUUAGUGUAAAAGUAAAUUAAUUUUUACCUUCAAGAGACAUAGCAUUUUGUGGUCAAGCACAUCCUCUGCCAGGUGAUUCCUCAUUUUGGCUGUGGAGUCCAGGUCAAAAUGGGCCAACGUGAGCUUUUCAUGGAGCAGAAGGGAUAAGUUUGAUUGUUCCCAAUUGUUAUUGCUCUCUGAAUUGAUGCCAUGUGAUGUCCUUUCCAUUCAGUUGGAGACAGCGAGGUUUGGAAUGAAUGUUACUUUUUAAGAUGUUGUUUCGGAUCUUCUUAAUGUUGUUCUGUGCAUAAUAUAUAAAGACAUACAGUAUCCAUUUAAUAGAAACCUAAUAUCUCAAACUCAUUAAUAAUUCAUGAGUACAUUAUCCAACCAUUUUGUCCAACCAUUGCUUUAUUCCGCUCACAUGAUAAUACUGGAUACCUGGUGAAGUAUAUUGAUCAAGUUAUAGGACUUAAUUAAAAUUAAAAUUAGUACAGUCCUUGGACUGGAUCACAAUUCAUUCACCUCACUUUAAGUAAUUAUUUAUUCGUAUGAGAUGUCAUUGGAAAUCCUCCAACGCCAAAUCGUUUGCCUCAGGCUUGAUCAAAUUGCGCAGACUUGAAAAGUCGGAUUUGAACUAUUAUGUCAUUUAUUGGAGCCAUUCAAAUUUCAUGUUCAUCAUCAAGCUUCAUCCGUUCAUUGCAUGUUUUUUCGGUGUCAUUAAUAAGUACGAUUUCUAUUAAGUGCCUGAUUUUGUUUGCGCAAUAAGUCGUAAAUACCUGGGUUCGAUUGUACAAAAGGUGUUUAACUUAUGUUUAGCCGCUAUCCAGCAUAUAAUUUUUAUCCGGUGGAUAAAGUGUUAAAAAAUGGACAGCGACUUAACACCUUUCGUUACAACCGGCCCCAAGGGCGUUUAAAUACCAUUGGGCUUUUAUAUAUACGUAAUAUAUUAGGUUUGGCUAAUUUUUCUGCUAACGAAUCAUAUCAUUAUAAUUAUAUUCUUUUAAUGGACGAAGCAACCAUUUUGGUGAUUGAUAGUCAUAAGUUCUCUUGCAAAAUGAGAGUCAAUUGAAAUCGAGAAGCACAAUACUAUAGAUCAGGAGGGAAAGUCACUAGAUAGCACGUCACAUGCUCUCUUUAAUGUGCAAAAUUAAUUUAUCUUGUCUUGGAUGCGUGCGCAUUAAUUGGAAUCACGUGGUCGAUGUGCUGUUUAAUUAAAUUUCAAAUGACGCAAGCCAACAGAUCAUGACACUUUUGUAUAUAAAAAGAGUGUGUGAAUUAAACAAGUCACAUAUUAUUAGCACUGAUGAAGAUCUGGGCUUACGGAUCGAAAGCUUUGCAGUAAUAAAUUUACGUGGUGUUUCCACAAACAAAACUAUUAUAUUCUUUUAGCUUGGCAAUCAGGCAAACAAAUUAGUCCAAUGGAAAACGGGAUUUAGUACCGGAAUAUCUUUAUAACAAUAUAUUUAUAACCGCAACAGUUGAGCCAAACCACAUAAUAUUUUAGUUUUUAGCAGCAGAUGUUUAAUUCCUAGCCAUAGAGAAUCUACAGUUCCCUAAUGUGCAUCAUGUUAAGGUACAUAACUGCCAACCUUUGGAUCCAUAAGGAAAACCAUUGGACGUUUAGUGUAUAUAUUGUAGGUCACAAAUUUCGUAACUGUUGUAACUAUUAUCUGCCAUUGAUUCUGUAAUUUUCCUAAAUUAUAACUGACCAGACCUACAAGAAAGAAAAUAUUUAUUAUGAAACUGGUUUUAAUUAAUAAAGUUCUGCCCACUCAUUUGCCUACUAAAGCCUGGUUUCCAUUUGGUCGUUAGCUGUCGCUGGUAUGACAAGUGGCUGAUGUAAUAGAGUGUUAAGAAAACUCUACAAAUUUACCUUUGUAUUACACUGACACAGUGCUAGUGUAAACAACCAUGCAUUGGCAAACACAGAGAUAAAAACAACGUUUUAUUCUGUAUUGGUUUUCCUAAAUUAUAACUGACCAGACCUGCGAGAAAGAAAAUAUUUAUUAUAGAAACUGACUUUAAUUAAUAAAGUGCUUUCAGGCUAUUCAAUUAGCCCACUCAUUCGCCCACUAAAGCCUGGUUUCCAACAUUAUUAAACGAACGGAUAUGUUCGAGUUUAUUGCAUUUCUUGCUUGUUUAGAACUUCUUGCUUGUUUGGAAUUCACUGUUCUAAAUAGUGUGUAUCAUAACAACAUACUAAAGCCAAAGCAAGUUCUUUGUUUGGAAAGUAUUUCUUUGAGAAAAGAUGUUAUUUGUAUCCUGCCAACAGGGUUAUGGAAAGUCUCUGAUUUUCCAUCUGACCCCAUUGUUGAUGUUUGCAAGGGAUCAUAUUUAUAAAGAAAUCGACUUUCUUUCUCCAUGGAAAUCAGCAUCACUUGGGAUAUUUACUCAGGAUGUUUCAUCAAUUGUUAUCAUUGUGUCUCCCCUGAAUUAAUCUAUCACAAAUGAACAGUAACUAGAGGCCUAAAUAAGUCUAUCAAGAUUUCUAGUAGGUCUCUAGUCCAAAGUCUUUAAAUUAUUGUAAUAUAUUUUAAGUAGCUUUUUUUUUAAAUUUACUGAUACAAGAUCAAAUAUCUUGACUGAAAUCAAGUGGCCUUCGUGUGUCUGCCAUUUCUGUAAAUAUUCGCAAAGAAAUAUUCCAUGGAGAAAUCACAGACAACGCUGUAAACCUGGACGGUACUCCAUACGAUUGUGACCUCAGGCUUUGUGAGAAAGAUCAGCUUGUCAAAGGACAAUAUAUUCCAUUUAAUCCAUUCCAUUUAAUGUCCACAUACCCCCUAUGUAUGGCCGAUUUUUUUGAAGGGUGACCCCAUAGUUUUCCGAGGGGUUACAAUUUUUCUGAGGGGUAAUGGGAAAAUUUACAAAUUUCUGAGGGAUGUUCUGUGCUGGCACUUUGAUCUUUUCUUAGGGGUUAAAAUGUGGCCAGGCAUAUUUAUCAAGCUUGCCCUGUGUGGAUACACACUCAGAGUAAAAUCACAAACAUCUUAUUUGCCUGAGUACACAGCACCAACACACAGGUUAACCAAAACAUGUGGGUGACCAAAACAUUUGUUUUCUGUUUUGAGGCAAGUGUUUUUGUUUACAUAUAUCCUCUCAAAUAAGCAUUUCCAGAGGGGACUUACUGUAUCAAGCCCCCUCUCUAUUUAUUAAUUAACAAACAGAAACAUCUGCAGUCAGUAGACUUAUAUAUUUAGUACGCUUUUUGAAACCCUGACCAAUUGCUAUAUAAAUUAAAACUAUCAUUAACUCUUUAAGUGGCAAUUACUUUGUUAUUUUACUCUGUCUAAUGCCAGACUAUUUUUAUCCCCGAGCCGGCGGCGCAAAGCGCCGUGCAAGGGUACUAAUUCCGCACAGCUAUUUACACCCGGGGAAAGGAAAGCACUAGCGAAGUCUAAAGUUCAUCAAAUAUUGUGGGCGCAUGGCUCAUCGUUCAUGGUUCAUGGGUGGUCAUCCUCACUGAUCUCAAAAUAUGUAGCGGACUGUUGUGAAUAGUGAACACUGAUUGGUCAAACAUGAAAUUUGCAUUAUAACGACUGCAUUGACAACAGCGAAUGAGCAAAAUAACAAACAUUUCUUGGAAGUUGUAUUUUAGCAAGAUUUUGUAAAUUUCAAAACCUUUCUGAGAGCCAAAAACGCCUAAAAACGUCUAAAAGAAUAGAGCAAAGUCGCCGACGUUAACAAAGGUAAGUCUGUUUUAAAUAUUGAUGUAUUGUUUUUUUUAUAAUUGAUAUAUUUAUAACUGAUAGUGGUGGGCGAUAUCGAACUAAACCUAUCAUUGCAUAUAUAAGUGAAAAAAGACAGCAUAUAAUUUCAGUGUAGUUUUAUUAAUUACCUUUUCUUUUGUAUAUUAAAGUAUUUAAAUAAAGAGGAAAGCAAAGUUAUAUUCAUGCGAGAAUUUGAAAUCGGCUUAUUUCAAACUCAAUGUUUACUGAUAAAAGGCCAGUUAGUUUUUAAGAACAUUUUAAAACGUUUUGUGAAGCAUUUGUGGUUGAAUUUUACAUUAAAUUGAAGCUUAUAUUACGUAUAAUAACAUACCUGGCAUAUAUAUGUUUGGGAAAUUGAUAAUUUUGUUAUUAAAAGUGAUAUUUUGGGAGGAUUUUUCAAUUUUAAAACCAGGUUUAAAACUAUUCUUAAAAUUAUCGUGUUACCAUGACAACUACUUUCAAUUCAUAUUCAGAAAACAUAAUGUUUUGUCAGUAAGGCAAGGGUUUCUGCAUGCAUAUAUUUUCUAGUACUAUAUGCAUAAUGCCAGACCCUCAUCAGGGGGAGAGUGCUGUCACUCGAUGGGUUAAAAAUACAAAAAAUAUAUUAUAAACUUCUUUGUUUACCUUUUUCAGGGGCAGUGAAUUUAGGAAUGAUUAUGGAAAACUAGGUGUACUGUGUGCAUUCUUUCCUGACAUCCUGGCUGUUGCAAUAACUGCAACAGCCAGUUCAUCUGAUGUUGUGAAGAUAAAAGAAUCUCUGGGUUUGAAAAAAUGCAACUACAUCAUCGGUAACCCGGACAGCAAAUAUUUGCUAUAA